GUCUCAAACCUUCUCCUUCAACUGCUACAUACUCUCUCAUUUUAUUCCCCUUCAUGGCCAACUCUCUGAGCUUUCUUUUGCUUCUUUCUUUACUAGCCUUUGCUCCCUGCUGCCUCUGCACCAAGAAACUAGGGGGGUUCCUGUACCCGCAAUUCUACGACUUUUCGUGCCCCGCAGCUCAAGAGAUAGCCAAGUCCAUUCUUGCCAGAGCAUUCCAGAAGGAACCUCGAAUCGCCGCUUCGCUUCUCCGGCUUCACUUCCAUGACUGUUUUGUCAAGGGAUGUGAUGCUUCAAUAUUGUUAGACAGCAGCGGAUCCACGGUGAGCGAGAAGGGAUCGAAUCCUAACCGUAACUCAGCUCGAGGAUUUGAAGUGAUUGAUGAGAUUAAAUCCGCAUUGGAGAAAGAAUGCCCUCAAACAGUGUCUUGUGCUGACAUUUUGGCUAUUGCUGCUAGGGACUCAACUGUUAUUAGUGGUGGACCAAGUUGGGAAGUACCUUUGGGGAGAAGGGACUCUUUGGGUGCAAGCUUAAGUGGCUCCAACAACAACAUUCCUGCCCCAAACAACACAUUCCAGACCAUCCUAACCAAAUUCAAGCUUCAGGGGCUUGACAUUGUUGAUCUUGUUGCUCUCUCUGGAAGUCACACAAUUGGGAACUCUCGGUGCACCAGCUUCAGGCAAAGGCUCUACAACCAAACAGGCAAUGGCGUUGCUGACUUCACUCUCGACCAAAACUACGCAUCGGAAUUGCGAGAUCGGUGUCCAAGUUCCGGUGGUGAUCAGAACCUGUUCUUUCUAGACUAUGUCAGUCCAAUCAAAUUUGACAACAGCUACUUUAAGAACUUGCUUGCAUACAAGGGCCUUUUAAACUCUGACCAAGUCCUCUUGACAAAGAACCAAGAGUCUGCAGAGUUGGUUAAGAAGUAUGCCGAAAACAACGAUAUUUUCUUUGAACAAUUCGCCAAGUCCAUGAUCAAGAUGGGAAAUAUUUCUCCUCUAACUGGCUCCAGGGGAGAGAUCAGAACCAACUGCCGAAAGAUUAAUGCUUAUUACUGAGACAUUAUUCAUUUUUCAUUGCGUGAAGACUGCACUUGCUUUGUUCUUGCGUUUCUACUUUUCUGUUGAUACUUCUUAUUCAUUUUUCAUUUUUUUUUUCUUGUGAAGAUGUUGUUCUUGAAUUUAUGACAGAUGAUGAAGCAACUACCCUUGUUGCGCUGUUGGAGAAACAUGUGUGUUGGGUUAUUUAGAAUUUUGAUUACAUUCUUUUUCGUGGAA